UACUUAUUAAUCUGUGAGUGAAGACAAGUGAACGUGUAUUGUUUUCGUGAUAUUUCAAGAUAAGCUAUCGAAAGUUAUUUUGGUAUUUAAUUUACAGUGAUUAAAAUUUCGAGUUUUUAAAAUGGCUCCUAGUAUUCAAACAUUUGUCAACAGUUUUCAGAACCGACUGGAACCUCCAGUCCGCCAACAUCUGAAAAAUGUGUAUGGGGCGCUCACAAUGACAUGUGCCUCUGCCUGUGCAGGAGUGUAUGUUGACUAUGCUAUAUUCCAAGCUGGAAUUAUCUCUGCUAUUGCCGGAAUCGGCUUCAUGCUGAUGCUCCUCGCCACACCUGAUGACUAUGGCAAGAACACAAACAAGCGCCUUGCAUACCUCUUGGGAUUUGGGUUAACAUCAGGUAUGGGUUUGGGCCCAUUGCUGGCCAUUGUCAAUGCAAUCAAUCCUGCCAUCAUUGUGACCGCACUCAUGGGCACAACACUGGUGUUUGUCUGCUUCUCCAUUGCCGCUAUGCUGGCUGAGCGAGGCAGCUGGCUGUUCCUUGGAGGCACCCUGGGAACUCUGGUGUCUUCUAUGGCUAUUAUGAGCCUUUUCAACAUCUUCAUGCAGUCACGAAUUCUGUACCAGACCCACCUGUACCUCGGCCUGCUGAUGAUGUGCGGAUUCGUGCUGUUCGACACUCAGCUCAUCAUUGAGAAGCGUCGCCUUGGCAACAAGGACUUUGUGCAGCAUGCCCUUGAACUGUUCAUUGACUUCAUUGGCAUCUUCCGCAGGUUGCUCAUCAUCUUGACACAAAAGGAGGAGCAGGAUCGUCGCCGCAAGCGUGAAUAAAUUAUGAACAUUUUAUAAGCAGUUUACAGAAAUUAAAUGUCCAGUAGCACUAAUGUGCAUGAUAAUUAACUUCAUUGAACCACCCACCUUUACAGUUAACAAGAAAAGUGGCACUGUGUGCAUUAGUGUUACCAGGCAAAAGGGAUUGUUGGUUUAUAUAAUAACACUAAUGUGUUACUUUCAAACUUAUAUGAGUAUAUAACUAUUUAUUUUGUUGGUAAAUUUAAGAGGUCGUAAAUAAAUCAUUUGGAACAGUA